CCUUAAACCUUUCUUUUUAAGUGUAUGGUUAUUGUGAGAUUUGUGGUUAGUAUUUUCCACAAAUGAAACAUUGAAAUAAUGUUACUAGUUAAGUCAUUGUUGAUUUUCGUACAUUAAAUUGUCACUAUUUUUUAUAAAGCAAUACAUUUACUCAUUUGUAUUUUUUUCCCCGCAGGCGGAUGUUCCCGUUUUUAAGUUUAAGUGUUUCUGGUCUUGACCCAGCGUGUCAAUAUAAUGUGAUUGUGGAUGUCAUUCUGGCGGAUCCGAACCACUGGAGGUUUCAGGGCGGAAAGUGGGUUCCGUGCGGAAAAGCGGACACUAAUGUCAAUGGAAACCGAGUGUACAUACACCCGGACUCUCCAAACACAGGUGCGCACUGGAUGCGUCAGGAGAUCUCUUUCGGGAAACUGAAGCUGACAAACAACAAGGGAGCUUCCAGCAACUCUACGCAGAUGAUCGUCCUCCAGUCUCUUCACAAAUAUCAGCCGAGAAUACACGUGGUCGAAAUAAACGAGAACGGAGAUGAAGAUGCUGGUCCCGAUCGAGUGCAAACCUUUAUAUUUCCUGAGACGCAAUUCAUGUCUGUCACAGCUUACCAGAACACUGAUAUAACUCAACUAAAGAUAGAUCACAAUCCAUUUGCUAAAGGAUUUCGGGACAAUUAUGAUACAAGUUACAUAAGCUGCGACACUGACCGGUUGACUCCUACACCGGGUGACACUCCUCGCUCUCACACUCUGCCUGGAUCCCGGUAUACAAUGACAAAUUCUUUAUUCCAAGACCAGUUUUUCAACAGUUACACUAAGUCCUGUUUUACAACCCUAACCCCUCACACUGGUACCACUGAUCAAGCGAUCACAUUCACUAACAGCCUCAUAACAUCGACACAAACCCAAGACAGCACCAUGGCCUCUGGGCAGCGCUGGUUUGUUCCCUCCUCAUCUGGUGAAACUGAUGUUAACGCAGAAACUCUGCUUUCUUACACUACAGUAGGGGUCAAAGGUCUUCAUAAUUCUACUGGUGCUUUGGAUUGCUACACGAGUCCAUCCGGUUGGGAUCUACUGGGUUCAUCAGAAAUCAGCAAUAAAUCCUCAGGUUUGCCUGGUUGGGACCUAGAUGCAAGCCUUGAAAGAACAACGCAACCAAAUUACUUGCAAGAAGAGCGAGAUAUUUUGGAAAUGAACAGAUCCACACUUGAAGGCAAUGACAAUGCGGAUUUGACCUGGACUGAGACUCAGUCGUCUAUUAAAUCAGUUGAUUCUAGUGACUUAAAGAUUUUAGAAGAGGUUAAACAGACUUCCUCUAUCACUUCUGUUUCACAUGAUCAGAGUGCAUUGAAAACAGACACACAGGUCUCACAACAAGGCAAUGAGAGAACUGGAGUCACAGAAUCUGACAUUUUUCAUUUGAAUAGUCAGACAUCAACCUGCAUGGACUAAAUGUGCAAAUAAAUUGUGAAUGCAGAAACAGCAUUCUUGUGAUGAUUUAUAUAUAUGUUUAUGCAUAUUUAUGUACAUAACAAUGACAAAUGCAAAAAAAUGACACUUAAGGAUGAGAGCUAACAUCUUUAAUUGUAUGAACUCUUGUGCUGUUUAUACUUUGUUGUUGUGGACAUGUUGUAAAAAUGUUAUGGGCUAUAGUAUUUGUUAAAAUCUUCAGCCCCAAUAUAACAGAUAUGGAU